UAUGAAAAAAAUAUACGAACUACGAACGCUUCACUUGUGUUUUUUUAUAAUUUUACUGUCAUUAAAACUGAUAAUUUGAUGCAAUAUUCGUAUGCAACAGAUAUUUUGACAUAAUAUUGUAUUCUAUUAUGUGAUUCUACAGUGUGUCAGUGGAUUGAAGUGCGAGUUCUAACUAAAAUCAAUAAUAAUCAGUGACCAACAAAGUGUGCAAGAUGAAUUAUGAUGCAGAAAGAGCCAUGAAUCAAAAGCGAUUGAGGAUGGAGGGAGAACCGGGGCACGGUGUCGUGCAAGGAAAUGGAUUACCACUUAAUUAUAUAGAUAAUGGGCAUCAGAUACCAUACCAACCUUAUGCAGGCGCUUACAACACCCAUUACCCACCACCGGAUGCGUUCGCGGCAUACGGGCCUCCGCCCCCGGGAGGUUAUGCCCCUCAGAACCUGUCGUACGCGCCGCCCGCCCACCAGAACUACGCUCAUCACCAGAGCUUUCCGCCACAGCAGCCACCUCAGGCCCAGCUCCACAUGCCUCAGUCACACAUGGUGCAAGGUUAUGGGCCGGACAUGGUGCACAAGCCAGCGUGGGCUCCUCAGCCGCAGCUGCUCGCACCGCUCGAUGCACAGAAGCCUCUUGAUAUCAAACACCUCAAACCCGAGAUCAAACUGGAGCCAACUGAUGCACACAAACGGUCACAUCCAGAAGCUGAAAUUAUGGUUGGUGAUUUGGAUCAGCCAAAAAUAAAAAUAAAAACGGACAUAUUCAAGCCGGACGAUCUUGCACACAGAUCUGAUCUAGACAAACCUCAUGAUAUAUCUCAGAAGCCUUUAGAUAUACAGAAACCUCCGGAACUACAAAACAAAGAUGAAAUACAAACUCAGUUAAGAACGGAAAGUAUAGCGGGAGAUAAAAUUAUUGAAACAGCAAAAUUAGAAGGUGGAGAUAAAAUGUGCGAGUUGCCGCGGCCCGCAGCCCCCUUGGCGAGCACGCCCACUGCCCCGUACCCCCUGCACAACAGUGAAGAGGAGAGGAAACCAUUCAGCAGUCCCGAUAUUCCGAAGCCGGGAGCGGCCAUGACACCCGGCAAGCUGACCACACCCGGACUUGAGCCGAAGAAGCGCGGUCGUCCCAAGGGGUCGACGAACAAACCGAAGCCGCCUGGCACGCCGCUGCGUGCCGCCGCGCCGGCGCCGGGCGCUUCGCCCCUGCGCGGCGCUGCCCCCGGGCCCCGCGCCGCCGCGCCCGCGCCGCGCCCUCGCCACCCCGCAUACCAGUUCGCGGUGCGCCCCUGCAGAAAAGACUUCUCCGGGAUACAGUUCAAAAGGCGGUGGAGCGACGACUGCCUGGAGUCGUCGCACAUCCCCAACGAGGUGUACUUCGGCGACGUGCCGGUGCCGCUGGCCGUGCUCUACAACUACUACGACGCCAACGCGGAGCGCGAGCGCCUGGCCGCGCACGCCGCGCACCUCGCCGCGCACAAGGCCGCCGCCGCCAAGCUGGCCGCCGCGCACGCGCUGCACCCGCACCGCCCCGCAGAGGUGACGACGGUGGACUCCUCCUCGGACGACGACUCCAGCGGCUCCUCCGGCAGUGACUCCGGAGAUAGCGACGAUGAUCAGCCUCUUAAGCGCGGUCCGGGUCGACCGAAGGGCUCCAAGAACUCGACGCCGCGCACGCCGAGCUCGGGGAGCGGCGCUGCGGGCGCUGGGGGCGGCACGGGGCGGCGCGGGCGACCGCCGGUGCCGCCGGAGCUGCGCCAGCCCGGCAUCACCGACAUGAAGAAGUUCUGCAAGGCCGCCGGCAUACGCUUCGACUACAAGAAACUCGUCGAAGGGUGCACCAAGAACAAGGAGCGCGUGGCGAAGAUGCAGGAGCUGCUGGAGGGCGCGGGGCUGCAGGGCAAGCCGACGCUGGAGGCGUGCCGCGCGCUCAAGCAGGCCAAGCUGGACCGCAAGCAGCAGCAGCAGGCCAAGCGCGACGCGCGCGCCAAGCCGCGGCGGGAGGAGGGCGAGGGCGAGGGCGCGGGCGAGGACGAGGCGGAGGGCGAGGGCGAGGGCCGCGCGGUGUCGCGGCGCAUGACGCGCGGCGCCACGGGCGUCAAGCCGCGCCAGCGCAUCGUCAUCUCCUCGGAGGAGGAGGACGACACGCCGGCCGCGCGCCGCACGCUCUCCAAGCUGCGCUGCAGCGUCAACGACCACUCCGACUCCGACUAGGAGCAAUGGUCAAUAUGUUGAGGGUGUGCAUCGGAGCCCUACUCAGAACGCUCAGCCAUAGCUGACUGGCUAGUGGUCUAGUUAGCGUGCUGGCUUGCGCUGGCUAACGAGUGCAGACGAAACCAGAACCUUCUAGAAAGUGCUACGACGAGGUGCCCAGUGCCUCAGAGACGGGUCGUGUGAAGUGUCGCACAACAGUUUCCUAUUAAUUUUAGGCUAUUUGGUGAAAAUUAAGUGAAAAACAAUGAAGUGUGUAGUGUUGGCAGAAGUGCUUUCAUUAUUCGUAAGGACAUUACAGUUUUUAUGACAUUUAUCUUUAUGAGAAAGUUAUUUUCUCCAUCUGUUACAUAAAUACGUGAAAUCGUAAGAUAUGAUUUAGAACAGGUAUGGAUGUCUUUUUUUUUUAAUCGGUGCUGACUAAGUAUUUUAUGAGAACAGACUUUAUUACAAUUGAUUUGGACAUUUUUGAGUACAGUGAAUUUUGUCUACAAUAAAAAGCACCUAUCACAAGCUAAAAAGUUGAUUUAGGGUCAGUCCCAGCAAAUUGUAAAUUGAAAACAAUCCAACAUGUAAAAUAUGUGUGACGUUAUUUUUAAGGAUUAUUCCUAUCCGU